UGUAGACGUUCUGUCGACAAUGGCAGGACCAGGACAGGUAGGUGGCGGUAAUGCACCUUCAGUUGGUCUGCCAUCCGCCAUAAACCUGAAAGAAGAAGAAGAAGAAGAAGAAGCGUGUGUUCCUGCUGUCCUCUGCCAGUGUACGGUCACUGUGAGAGCCGGGAGGAGGAUUAGGAGCUGUAUAUCUGUACAUUUAUAAUGUCUGUCUCUGGGAGGACAGCGCUGGUAAAGUCCCUCCUGCGCUGCUGUGGACAGAGGGGGUCUGCGGGGUUUAGGAGGACCCCCAGAGCAGCGGUGUGUGGAGGAGAAGGACUGGGCCCUGUAAAGUUUACAGUGCGGAGAGAGAAACACACAUGGGUUAUACAGCCUGCUCUGAACCCCAGCACCACGCUCACCUGGACCUUACAGAGGAGAUCCCUGAGCUCAGAGACACCAUACAAAGAAGAUGAGUACCCACCUCUUCCAGAGUAUACACCCCCUCAGGAGACCGACACCAAGGAAGUCUUCGUCAUCCGUGUCAGGGGUCUGCCGUGGUCUUGUGUUGCUGAGGACGUGGUGAAGUUUUUCUCUGAGUGUCAGAUUCGUGGUAGUGUAAAUGGAAUCCAUCUAAUGCAUGAUAGAAAUGGGAAGCCAAAUGGAGAGGCCUUUAUUGAGCUGGAGGAUGAGGUGGAUCUUCACAAAGCCUUGGAGCGACACAUGGAGUACCUUGGAUCUCGCUACAUAGAAGUGUAUGAAGUAACAAAUCGUGAUGCUGAAGCCAUAAUGAAAGGCUCAGACAUGAGUCCCAUUAAAGAUGGAGUGGUUCGCAUUAAAGGGCUUCCAUUUAACUGCUCAGAAGAAGAUGUUUUAGAGUUCUUCUCAGGACUAGAUGUUGCGAAAGAGGGAGUAACGUUUGUCUUGGACCACAGAGGUCGAAAAACGGGCGAUGCGUUUGUAAAGUUUGCCAACCAGGAGAUCGCGAAUCAAGCUCUGCAGAGGGACAAAGAUUACAUUGGGAAAAGGUACAUUGAGGUGUUCCCCAGCAAAAACAGCGAGAUCCAUUUCAUCAGAAGGAGAAAAGAAGCUUCAGACACUCCACUCCACACGCGAAGGACUAACAGUGUCUCUGUACCGAUACACCAUGAUAACAUGAGAGGGCUACCUUAUCAAACCACCACAGGAGACAUAAUAAAUGCACCAAGCAAAGAUGAGUACCCAUCUUCUCCAGUGCAUACACCCCCUCAGGAGACCGACACCAAGGAAGUCUUCGUCAUCCGUGUCAAGGGUCUGCCGUGGUCGUGUCUUGCUGAGGACUUGGUGAAGUAUUUUUCUGAGUGUCAGAUUCGUGGUGGUGAAAAUGGAAUCCAUCUUAUGUAUAAUGAAGUUGGUGAGCCAAACGGAGAAGCCCUCAUCGAGCUGGAGGAUGAGGAGGAUCUUUCCAAAGCCAUGGAGCGACACGGGCAGUACAUUGGAUCUCGCUACAUAGAAGUGUAUAAAGUAACAAAUCAAGAUGCUGAAGCCAUAAUGAAGGGCUCCGACAUGAGUCACAGUGAAGACGGAGUGGUUUGCCUCCGAGGGCUUCCAUUUAACUGCUCAGAAGAAGAUGUUCUAGAGUUCUUCUCAGGACUAGACGUUGUGAAGGAUGGAGUAAAGUUUGUCUUGGACCACAGAGGUCGGAAAUCAGGCGAUGCGUAUGUACAGUUUGCCAACCAGGAGAUCGCGAAUCAAGCUCUGCAGAGGGACAAAGGUUUUAUUGGGAAAAGAUGCAGGUACAUUGAGGUGUUCCCCAGCAAAAAGAGCGAUAUCGAUUACAGCAGAGUGAGUAAAGAGGCUUCAGACACUACAUUCCACACACAAAGAACUAACAGUGUCUCUGUGCCGAUACACCAUGAUAACAUGAGAGGGCUAACUAAUCAGGCCACCGCAGGAGACAUAAUAAACGCACCAAGCAAAGAAGAUGAGGACCCACCUUCUCCAGUGCAUACACCCCCUCAGGAGACCGACACCAAGGAAGUCUUCGUCGUCCGUGUCAAGGGUCUGCCGUGGUCGUGUCUUGCUGAGGACUUGGUGAAGUAUUUUUCUGAGUGUCAGAUUCGUGGUGGUGUAAAUGGAAUCCAUCUUAUGUAUAAUAAAAUUGGGAAGCCAAACGGAGAAGCCCUCAUCGAGCUGGAGGAUGAGAAGGAUCUUUCCAAAGCCAUGGAGCGACACGGGCAGUACAUUGGAUCUCGCUACAUAGAAGUGUAUAAAGUAACAAAUCAAGAUGUUGAAGCCAUAAUGAAGGGCUUAGACAGGAGUCACAGUGAAGACGGAGUGGUUUGCCUCCGAGGGCUUCCAUUUAACUGCUCAGAAGAAGAUGUUCUAGAGUUCUUCUCAGGACUAGAUGUUGUGAAGAAUGGAGUAACGUUUGUCUUGGACAACAGAGGUCGGAAAUCAGGCAAUGCGUAUGUACAGUUUGCCAACCAGGAGACGGCUAUUGAAGCUCUGCAGAGGGACAAAGGUUACAUUGGGAAAAGGUACAUUGAGGUGUUCCUCAGCAAAAGGAGCGAUAUCGAGUACAGCAGAGUGAGUAAAGAGGCUUCAGACACUACAUUCCACACACAAAGAAUUAACAGUGUCUCUGAGCCGAUACACCAUGUUAACAUGAGAGGGCUACCUUAUCAAGCCACUGCAGGAGACAUAGUAAAUUUUUUCUCCCCAAUUAGGGUGUUGAAGGUUCUGAUUGAGUAUUGCCCCGAUGGGCAACCUCGAGGCGUAGCUGAGGUGUACUUCAGAUCACACCAGGAUGCACUGGCAGCAAUGUCUAAAGACAAAGAAUGUAUAGACAACAAAUCUAUCGAAUUGUUCCUAAAUUCACAGACAGCAGGAGGAAACUAGAUACAACUGUGUAAAUGUCCAAAGUACCUGCAAUGUUUAUUUAUCUAUGCUGAAUAUUUGUCAUUAAAACUGCAAAACUCAGAAUGCGUUCCUUAUGUGGUAUACUGUCCAUUAUUCUAGAGUCAGAUCUUCACAAUAAUAGCUUCAUUACAAUAAAAUCAGUACUGUUAUGCUGUAAAAGAUUUGUGCCAUAGAACUAAUAAAUAUAUAGUAAAUCUUUA